AAUUGUGCCAAACCACCUCAGAACAGAAAUUUUUAGGAUCAGAACAGGACGAUUAUCAUCUCAUCAUGGCGGUGGCUAAGCGUUUCAAACUUCCAAUUUUUAUUUUGGUCGCUCAGUUGGCCUUCAUCUUAAUUUUCGCAUUUUUAGCGGAGUAUGAUAGCACUGCACAGCCCAAAAAUACCGAUACACUAUCGCCAGCCCCGGUUCCACAAUAUUAUCCAAUGUUUCAAGAUGUGCACGUGAUGAUGUUUAUUGGUUUUGGCUUUCUGAUGACGUUUUUAAAGCGAUAUGGAUUUAGCGCUGUUGGUAUUAAUAUGCUGAUAGCAGCUUUCUGCUUGCAAUGGGCUACCAUAGUUCGAGGUUUUAUACAUAGUGAUAUUUUAGGCGGAGAAAAAUUCAAAGUUCACGUCACGGAGAUGCUCUCUGCUGAUUUUGCCGCGGCUACUGUUCUGAUCUCGUUUGGAGCUCUUCUAGGUAAAACCUCACCGCUACAGUUAUUAAUAAUGGCCACCAUAGAAAUAAUAUUAGCCCAGAUUAAUGAAUAUAUUGGUGUUGAUAUAUUCCAUGCUGUUGAUAUUGGAGAGUCUAUGUAUGUCCAUGUGUUUGGUGCGUAUUUUGGUUUAGCAGUGGCUAGAGUUCUAUUUAAUGAAGAAGUCGAGUCAUCUAAUAAAGAAGGGUCUGUUUACCAUUCUGAUAUAUUCGCUAUGAUAGGUACGAUUUUCUUGUGGUUAUAUUGGCCGAGUUUUAAUGGUGGUGCUGCAGAAGGCGAUGAACAACACCGGGCUGUAUUAAAUACGUACUUCUCAUUGGCUGGUUGCUGCAUCGUCACUUUUGCCAUUUCCGGCUUGCUGGAUAAAAAGGGAAAAUUCGAUAUGGUUCAUGUACAGAAUGCAACAUUAGCAGGCGGUGUUGCUGUUGGUACCUGUGCUAACAUGCCCAUGGAGCCGUGGGGUGCUCUGGUUCUCGGUUCUGUGGCGGCGAUCAUUUCUGUAAUAGGAUAUAAAUAUAUAACGCCUUUCCUGUCAAGUAAAUUACGUCUCCAUGACACUUGCGGUGUCAAUAAUCUUCACGGUAUGCCCGGUAUAUUGGCGGGAAUUGCUGGAGCUGUCAUGGCGGCCUUAGCAACACAAGACAAAUAUGGCGAAAGUUUGUUCGAGGUUUUCCCUGCUCGUGCCCCGGAAGCUGAUAACACCACUGUUGUUGGUGCUGUUACUGGACUGGGUCGAACUGCUGGUAGUCAGGGUGGUUAUCAGGCAGUGGCGUUAAUAGUUAGUUUAGGAAUUGCAAUUGUUGGUGGUCUAUUGACAGGUUUGUUAUUAAAGAUUCCAUUCUGUGACAACGUGAGAGAACGACAUGCAUUAUUCGAGGAUGAAGAACAGUGGAAUCUACCGGAAGAGGAAGUCGCCUUUUUGGAUCGAAAUUAUGAACAAAUCAAUAAGAACGUCGACACCAAAAUGUAAGGAUAUUAACAAAACAAUGUGUUUGAGAAAAUGUUCGUCCGAGAAAAAAUAAUACUCUAGAUUAUCAAAACGUUCAGCUUCAUCUCUCAACAAGGGUACCUCAAUAUGUGUAAAUACGUACAAAGAAAAUUCCUAAAAGUUCGCCAUUGUUAUUAUCGGAAACACUUUUUUAAAUUAUUUUUCUUGAAGGAGAAUAAUUUUGAAGGCACAGUGGAACAUAACAAAAUUAUAUAAAAUUAGGCCUAUUAUAGCUGUCUUAGAUACAAAGCUUUAUUUGAUUUGAAGGAACAGUUAGAUAUAGAUAUAGAACAAUUAGACCUACUUUAUCUGUUUUAAGUAGCAAAUGAACAUUUAUUCUCCCUGGAUACAAUUAGGCUUACCUUAUAAGGACAAUUAGAUGCAAAAGAACUGGCCAUACGUUAUCUGUUUUAAGUAUAUCUUACUUAUAGAACAAUUAGAUCUACAUUAUGCGGCUUCUGAAAAGAUUACCUGCCAAUGUCAUGAUGUUUCCAUUUUAUUUCAUUGAUAACCAUAAUAAUAUAUUAGAGGAGAUUUAUUAUUUAUUGUAGCAGAUGUUAACAAUAUUAUAUUAUAUAAUAUCAAUCAUGGUCCCAAACCAGAAAUUAACAAAUACUCAAAAUUUCCCAAAAGCUAACUUUUAAAAUCGCCAUUACUAACUUAUUAAUAUUAUAUAGUCGAAUAUAUUCAAUCAGCAUUUAAUGUAUUUGUCAUUGUAUGUACCUUGAAGGAAUCUAGAAGAGAUCUCCUCUUUCUGUCGAAUCUCCCUUUGUUUUACAGUUUUUUUAUGUGCUUACCGAACUAAAGCUUGAUCGUACAAGUAUUCUGUAUAAAUUGUUAUAGUAUCAAUAGAUAUUUAUUUUUUGUCCAAGUUUAAUAUUAGUUAUGUAGUGAAUUAAUAAUAGAUAAUGCUACUUCUCGGGAAACAAUACGUCGAUAUAGCCAGAAAUAUUGCCCACAUUUAAAAAUGUCGAAUUCUCGCUUCUAAGUUUCAAGGGUCUUUGAUAAUUUAAACAAAAGUUCGCUGUUUUAAACGUGUCCGGCUAUUGUAUUAGGUUUAAAGGGUCUUCGGUAUUUAAACAAAAGUUCUAUGUUUUGAAGGUCGUAUCAGAAUAAUGUUUUAAAAAAACACAGAAUUUUUGUUUCUUUUUCAGACGACUUCUGCAGUAAUAAAAAAAGUAGGUGUUUUGUUUUGUUGGUGGUGGGGUUUUAAAAUUAAUACUGAGCGAUUCUAGCAAACGGUAGGUACAAAAUUGCGAAUCGACCAUAAUCGAUCAAGAAAAUCGAUUUUCGAUGUCGUGCAGAUUGAUUAUCGAUGGAAUGAUAUUGGACAGAUCGCUAUGAUCUAUGACAGAUCGGUUAUCGAUGGUUACGAUAUAGGGCAGAUCUGUUAUUGAUGGCUACGAUAUAUAUUAUGACAGAUCGAUUAUCGGGGCUUGCGAUAUUUGACAGUAACUGUUUCGUUAUCUAUGACUACGAUAGAGAAGAAAUCAGACGAAAUUGGUAGUAAAACGUGAACGAUCAUCGGAUUUAUUUCUGUUGGCGAAAAGAGCCGUUGUUUUAGCACGGAAAUAUCUUCCUUCCUGCUCCACCCAAUGGAAAUAAUUUUCUACGGGUUAUGAGGAGUAUACGGACAUUUAAUUCUACUUUUUAAAGCGAGAACAUUUGGUUUCAUAAAUGUUUUUUUUGUCAGUCAUUCUUGAUUCAAGAAAAUGACAACCAAACCGUCGCUAAAAUUUCUCAGUAUGAAAACCACGCUUACGAACUCCAGCACACAACGUUUUCGUCGGGUUUGUUACCCAUUCAAAAGACUUGAAAGCUGUAUGAAAAUCGCUUAUUGAGCGUUGCUCCCUUCCAACUGAAGUAUUAAAGCCGCUGGUUAUCAUGAGAAUGAUUUUGAAUUCCUUGCCAACUACCAUAUGGUGCAAAUUUAAUCUCCUACAGUAAUACCAGUUCAAAAAUGGUCCAAUUCUGUUCAGUAUUUGUAAUAGAUUCAAAUUUCAUCUUCUGUGAACGUUACAAACAAGACAUUGGUACCUCUUAGUGUACGGUGAAAUCUUUAAAUUUACUUCUUUUUAUCUCAUUGAAUCCAAUUAACGAAUUCUUGAUUAAUGUUAAAUAAUCAAUUAGGUACAUUUUCCCAUGCAUUAGGGUACAUGUUACCAUUAAUUAAGGUACAUGUUACCAUGAAUUAGGGUACAUUUUACCGUGAAUUAAGGUACCUUUUACCGUGAAUAAGGGUACAUUUUUUACCGUGGAUUAGGGUACAUUUUACCAUGAAUAAGAGUACAAUAUACUAUGAAUAAGGAAACAUUUUACCGUGAAUUAGAGUACAUUUUUACCGUGAAAAGGGGUACAUUCACUUUACCGUGAAGUAGGGUCCACUACCGUUAAUUAGGGUACAUUUUACCCAGAAUUAGGGUAUUGUUGAUAUUGUCCUAAAAAUGCAAAUAGUAACCAGCGGCUUUCAAAAUAUAUCUGACAAAUGGUGUUAAAUAUUGUUUAUGUAAUGGCGUUUGAAUGGAACAUUGAAUUACUAAACCUACUAAACCUAAAAUUUGCAUGCUGUUUUAAAGGAUAUUAUUUAAUUUACGUACUUGUUAAAACUGUUAAUUGUUUCACAUUGCAUCUCACUACGAUGCUUUUCACUCCGUUAUUAUCUAUAUUUAACCUCCAAUGAUUUUGUUGGAAAAUAGUCUGAUCUUGUCAAAUUAUGUUAAUUUAUGUCUGAACAAUUAAAUAAGGUAUUAAUUAAUUGUAUUCCCAUUUUAUGAAACCAUGGUCCAGGAGCUUUAUCGAUGAAAAUUUAAACUAAAUUAUUUAUAAGAAUGCAACCUUUUAUAUAAUUAUUGGCUAAAUUCUAAAAUUUGCAUUAAGAUUUUCAUGGAAAGGCCGCAUUCUUUAAACAUUUUAUUUGAUUUUUUCAUGAAUAAGGUUCCCUGUGAACAAUCCCAAAACUUCAAUCUUAGCUAUUUCAGAGAUUUUGAAUGCCUCGAAAACUACAAAAUUAUGAAAGUUGAAUCUCUAAAAGGAAUAUAUUAUUGUGUUGAUAUUUUGAUGUCGAGAUUAAAAUAAUCGAUAUGAAUAUAUUUCAUUUUAGCCCUGAAAAAUUAGAUAUUGUCUGGAAAAUAACAAUAACUGUCAACGACUUUACUAAAUUGGACAUUGAUCGUGCAUGUUAAAUAAAUGUUUAAUUCCAUCUUUUCAAGUUAUUUAAGUAUAAAAUUGAACAUUAAUCGUGCAUCGCCUAAGUUUAAUAAACCAUCUCUUCAAGUCAUUGAAGUAUAAAAUCAGAUUUUGCAUUUGUUUUUGUUUUUUAUUUACUGAAUAUGUUAUUUUAUAUACAAAUUCUAAUUAAUGGUCUGCGCUUAGCUUACGUAUAUAUUCUUUGAGUGGUAUUUAGCAAUUGACACAUGUAAUAAACACAUAAACGUAAUAAAGAACACAAUUAGCAUUUGAAUAAUUAUUUUAAUUAAAGCGACGUUUCUUUGGAGGCUUCUUCCAACGCUAUUAAGCAAAUGAAUUAAUUGAAAUAAUAAUUGUGUUCCAUAAUAAAAUUAUGCUUUUGUGUUCCAUAUUAUACUUUUUGUGUUUAUGGCAUAUAUGUAUGAAAAUUAAAAUGUUGAGGAAAGAAACACACUAUUAUCGGGCUAGCGCUUUCAGUUCCACCGGAACAUCAUUAGGCCUUUAGUACACAUUGUAUUCUCCGUUAAUCAUUACCUAAUAAUAGAAUGAAACUCAAAGCGCUAGCCGCAUAAUACUGCUUGUUUUUUUCCUCAACAUUUUAAUUUAUUUUAAUUGUCAUAUUAUAUUAUGUUAUAUAUAAUACAUUAUUUAUAUAUCUAGUUAUAUUAAAAUAUAUUCAUUGUGUUUAUAUUCAUAUCAUAAUCAUGUUAUAAUAAAUGUAAUUAUAA